CUCACACACAGCCGAGGCUUCGAGGAGCGUCCAAGUGGAAGGGAAGCGCUCUGCUCCACACCCGCCUUCCUUACACUCCCUUCUUUACACUCCUUUACACUCGCACUGCCCGCGAUCUGACAGCCGCACCGGUGACCGAAGCGCGCGCUCUCAACUCAAGGGUUCGGUUCGGUUCGGUUUCUGCGAUCAUGGACGAUCAUAAAGCGUCUUUCUUCCAGCAGUGACCCGACCCCACGCUCGAGUCCAGUUUGGACAAACUCAGCGUCAACCAUGAUCCCUGUGACCGAGUUCCAAAACUUUUCCUCGGUCCAAAACCCCCAGUUCCGGGUGCUGAAGCCUUGGUGGGAUGUGUUCACAGACUACCUCUGCAUAGCCAUGUUGAUGAUGGGUGUCUUCGGCUGCUCCAUCCAGCUGACUCAGGACAAAAUUUCCUGCCUCCCAAGUCACGUUUCCUCCACACCCCCCGAAGAAGUCCAGUGUAGAGGUGUCACAGAUGUUUCUGGGAACAAGAGCCUAUGGGAGUCCAACACAGCCAAGAAUCAAAGCAUGACAUCACGUGAGAUGUUUGGAAGGAAGAAUCACUUGGACAUUCACCAAUACAUCUUUGUCAACAACUACUGCUAUGAGAAAGCUGUGCACUGGUAUGGCAAAUAUUUCCCCUACCUGGUGGUGAUCCACACUGUGAUGUUCAUGGUGGCCAGCAGCUUCUGGUUCAAGUUCCCAGGAACCUCUUCCAAGAUUGAGCUUUUUGUUGCUGUCCUGGGAAAGUGCUUCAACUCCCCCUGGACCACACGAACAAUCAGCGAGGUGUCUGAGGACCAUGGCGAAGAAAGGGUGGUCAUUUGGAAAAGGAACACUGCAUCAUCAGAAUCUUCUCCAAACGAAAGCCCAACUACCGAGGAUGAGGCGGAACACCUGUUUCGAUCAGCCUCAGUCAAAUCGAACACCGAGAAGAAGGUUCCUGAACCUGCUCCAUCUCUGCUGGACAAGAAAGAAGGUGAGGAGGCCAAAGCUCUGUUUGAAAAAGUUAAGAAGUUUCGCACUCAUGUAGAGGAGGCUGACCUGCUCUACACGAUGUAUGUAUUGCAGACUUCCAUAAAGAUGGUCAAGUUUGCUGUCAUCACCAUCUACAGUGCUGUUUUGGUUCCCAAUAUUCAGGUUGUUAUCCAGUGUGCAGUUCCUAAGGAACUGACGGGCUACAGUGUUUAUUGCUGCAACCAUGUCAAAGCCCAUUUCUUCUCCAAGCUGGCCUACAGCUACAUCUGCUUUGUUGGGGUAUAUGGUUUGCUCUGUGUCUAUACUCUUUACUGGGUCUUCCACCGACCGCUGAAAAUAUAUUCAUUUGAGACCGUUCGUCUGGAGACUGGUAUCAAUGAUAUUCCGGAUGUGAAAAAUGACUUUGCCUUUCUUCUGCACCUUUGUGACCAGUAUGAUGCCCUUUAUUCCAAGAGGUUUGCGAUGUUUCUCUCUGAAGUCAGCGAGAGCCGGCUACAACAGCUCAACCUCAACAAUGAGUGGACUGUUGACAAAGUUCGGCAGCGCAUGUCCCAUAAUGCCAGUGAAAGGCUUGAGCUGCACUUGCUAAUGUUGCCAGGGCUGCCAGACACAAUCUUUGAGAUUCCUGAGGUGGAGUCCCUUAAACUGGAACUGAUGAGUGAUAUCACAAUCCCAGGAAGUAUUUCCCAGCUCAGUUUACUCCAGGAGCUCAGCCUUAUCCACUGCCCAGCCAAGCUACAGCUGGCUGCUCUGAACCAUCUUCAGGAACAUUUGAAAGUGCUCCAUCUUACCUUUGAAAGACCAGAGCAAAUACCUCCUUGGAUGUAUACUCUCCAGGGCUUGAAGGAGCUGCACCUGACAGGUCCCCUGACCCAUGAGCUCUCCAAGAAUGCCUCUCUUGAUCCUCUGAGUGAACUUAAGAGCCUCCAGGUAUUGACAUUGCACAGCCACCUCAAUAAAAUCCCACAAAGCGUGGGAGAUGUUGGUGGAUGGCUGCAGCGGCUUGCCAUCCGCAAUGAAGGUACAGCACUGCGGUCCUUUCAUAGCAUCAAGAAACUGACCAGCCUCACAUCCCUGGAGUUAAGAAGUUGUGCACUAGAGCGUAUUCCCAAUGCUGUCUUGGGCCUCACUAACCUGGAGGAGCUGGAUCUGAAGGAGAACAAGCUAAUGACUGUGGAAGAGAUCCUCAGCCUGCAACACUGUCGGCAGCUGGUCACACUCCGGCUGUGGCAUAACAACAUCUUGUACAUUCCUGAAAACAUCAACAAACUCCUGUUCCUGGAGACCCUCAACCUCAGCUGGAACAAGCUCCGCACUGUCCCCAUCAGCCUCUUCUACUGCACCAGGUUGCGACACCUGAACCUCUCCCAUAACCAGCUGACAUCCCUACCCCCUGAGAUAGGCACCCUGCAGAGCCUUCAGUACCUCUCUGUUGCUUCCAACUCCUUGGAUUCUUUGCCCGAUGAACUCUUCUUCUGUAAGCGCCUGAAAGGCUUGAUUCUGACAGAAAAUAACUUGACAUCCCUGUCACCCCGUGUGUCCAACUUGACGCGGCUGGUACGCCUGGAGCUCAAAGGCAACCGCCUUGAGUACCUGCCCUUGGAACUGAGGGACUGCUGCUUACUGAAGCUGAGUGGGUUGGUGGUGGAAGAACGGCUCUUUGACCUCCUUCCCUCUGACAUCAGAAGGCAGAUGAGUGACACUUAAAGACUUUCAACGUUACAUCAAAAGGGGGAGCACAAAUCUUCACUGGAUGUAAAGAUGGGGUGAAAAACCAAAAACAUGAGGCCAGUUUGAUAUCCCAGUACAGUAGAAAUGUUUAAAAUAGCAGUAAGAAUACACAAAUUUAUAUUUUAGUUAGCUUAGGCAUUGCCAUGAUGUGUCCUUUUUAUUAAAGACUGUUGGGUAUUUUGCAUUCACAAAGGUAUGUGCACAUGCCAAAGUCCAUAUAACUCUACUGAGAAACAAUUCUAAUUUGAUGUAUGUCUGUAUAUAUGAGAUAGCUAAAAUGUUGAUGUGUUAACUGACCAUUUACAAUGUGCUUUUCUCCUAAGCAACAUCUACUGAACCCUCUGUAGUGUCACAUACCUUAGUCACCCUAAGUGACUUACAUGACUGGAUAACACUAAUUACAGCAAGCCAAUUAUCCAUAUUCCAGUGAACCACACUUUCUCUCUGUCAGUCACACAGUAGCGGUGAUUUUAGACGGGAGAAGCAUGUCUUUGGACUGUAGGAAGAAACCAGAGCACGCACGGGAAACCUAUGCAGAGAGCGUGAGGACAUGUAAACUCCACCCGGACUGCCCCAGAGGCAAAUCCCACAGUUGGUCGCACCACUCAGGUGCUGCGAGACAGCAACACUACUCACUCUGCCACCGUACCACAAAGUGUAAACUAUACACUUUAACUGCCUUGUUUCCUAUACCCUUCUAUUGGAAAUCUGACCCGAUCCACUUUUCUUUAGAGUAAAUGCACCUAGGUAAAACUACUUUGUAAUGCUGAAAGCACAUCUCCCAUCUCCUCCUUGUUAGAGACUGGAGACACAGUCCACUAAAGUUCAAACCACUUAGUUUUUUUAAGGGUUUAAAAAAAAAAAAAAAGUUAGACAAGCAGCUAUGUCAGAAAAGUACUGGUACAAUUAGACUUUUGUCUCAGCAAGUUACAGCUCAAUGGAAAUCUGCAUCUUAUUAACUUGCUGUAGUUUAUGUUACAUUGAGGGGAUGAUUUUUUUCCAAAGCAAAUUACAGUGUUAAAGUACUUCCACUUAUUUACCCAUUUAUACAGCUGGGUAAUUUUACUGGAGCAGUUUAGGGUAAGUACCUUUCAGAAGGUUAUUGCAACCAAGGGGGGGACUUGAACCUUCAAUCUUCAUGUCCAAAGGCAGUAGUCUUACCCACUACAC